UGUUGCUUUGCUUGCUUUGUGAAAGAGAAACAAAGUCGUGACGAUUUUGACGCUAGGCCUUUUCUCUGUGUGGCUAGCUUUGAUGCUCUGUCCAGGCGCAUAUGCUUUUACUUUGGGCAAGUCAAGUUCCAAUCAAAAUUUGGUAAAUUCAUGCAAGGAUAGUUUGAGAGACCAUGGGCAUUUGCCACUGCGCCCACUGCCAAGGAAAGGAUGGCCAAUAAAUAGAGCGCCCAUAACAACCAUAUCCAUCCAUCUCUUCAUCUUUUGUUUUGAUAGACAGACACAGGCACAGGCAGCUGUAGUGAGUGAGUAGUGAGACCGGCCGGGCAGGGCAGCAGCGGAGAAGAGAGCUUGAGAGUUGAGACAUGGCCAUCGGAGGCGGCGGCUUCGCUGAAGGCCCCGGCGGCGCCGGCUACAGCGGCCGGGUCACCUCCUUCGUGGUGCUCUCCUGCAUCGUCGCCGGCAGCGGCGGCAUCCUCUUCGGCUACGACCUCGGCAUCUCAGGUGGGGUUACCUCCAUGGAGUCCUUCCUCAGCAAGUUCUUCCCGGACGUGUACCACCAGAUGAGAGGGGACAAGAAGGUGAGCAACUACUGCCGCUUCGACAGCGAGCUCCUCACCGUCUUCACCUCCUCCCUCUACGUCGCCGGCCUCGUCGCCACGCUCUUCGCCUCCUCCGUCACAAGGAGGUUCGGCCGGCGCGCCUCCAUACUCAUCGGCGGCAGCGUCUUCAUCGCCGGCUCCGUCUUCGGCGGGGCAGCCGUCAACGUCUACAUGCUGCUCCUCAACAGGAUCCUCCUCGGCAUAGGACUCGGCUUCACCAACCAGUCAAUUCCACUGUAUCUAUCAGAAAUGGCGCCACCGCAGUACCGUGGAGCCAUCAGCAAUGGCUUCGAGCUCUGCAUAAGCAUUGGCAUCCUUAUCGCCAACCUCAUCAACUACGGAGUCGAGAAAAUUGCAGAUGGAUGGGGCUGGAGAAUCUCUCUCUCCUUGGCAGCUGUGCCAGCUGCAUUCCUAACCAUUGGCGCAAUCUUCCUGCCUGAGACACCCAGCUUCAUAAUCCAACGGGAUGGCAACAUUGACGAGGCAAAGAUCCUGCUCCAGAGGCUACGUGGCACAACUGGAAUCCAGAAAGAGCUUGAUGAUUUGGUCUCUGCUAGCAAUAUCUCGAGGACAAUAAGACAUCCACUCCGGAACAUAUUCAAGAGGAAGUACAGGCCGCAGCUUGUCAUAGCACUUUUGAUUCCUUUCUUCAACCAGGUCACUGGAAUCAACGUCAUCAACUUCUAUGCGCCGGUCAUGUUCCGGACCAUCGGGCUCAAGGAGAGCGCAUCCCUCAUGUCAGCGGUCGUCACACGCAUCUGUGCAACAGUUGCUAACAUUGUCGCAAUGGUCGUCGUUGACAGGUUUGGGCGUAGGAAGCUCUUUCUAGUAGGUGGCGUUCAGAUGAUCUUGUCACAGAUCAUGGUAGGGGCAGUCCUAGCUGCAAAGUUCAAGGACCAUGGAGGGAUGGAAAAGGAGUAUGCAUACCUAGUCUUGAUCAUCAUGUGUGUGUUCGUUGCAGGCUUUGCAUGGUCAUGGGGACCUCUGACCUACUUGGUCCCAACCGAGAUUUGCCCACUGGAGAUCAGGUCAGCCGGGCAGAGUAUUGUCAUUGCUGUAAUCUUCUUGGUGACAUUUGUGAUUGGCCAGACCUUCCUCGCAAUGUUAUGUCAUCUCAAGUUUGGGACAUUCUUUCUCUUUGGCGGAUGGGUGUGCGUGAUGACAGUCUUCGUAUACUUCUUCCUGCCAGAGACAAAACAGCUGCCAAUGGAGCAAAUGGAGCAGGUCUGGAGGAGGCACUGGUUUUGGAAAAGGAUUGUAGGGGAGGAAGAGGAAGAGAGAGAGGCAGGAAGCAUAGCUUUGUCCACCACAUAGUGACUUUUCUUUUGGGGUCAAAUCUUUUUGGUGAAACCUGCAGAAAUGGUACACCAUUUUGAUUAGUAUAAAUAUGCAUGCAUGAUCAAAGUAUAUUGUAUAGCUGCACAAAUUGUAUCCUAACUAGUAACUGCAUUAGUCUCCUAAUUUGAUGCUUCUGGCAUUAUGUAACAUGUAAGGGGCUUCCAGAAUUAUACCAAAGUAAUAUGAACUUCAGUGCUUCACAAAA